GCAGAUUAGUGGAGGCUGAACGAACUGAGGACGAGACGAUCAGCAGCAGAGUUGCGUAGAAUAACGAGGAUACCCAACAAUGCUGUUAUCCUCACCUCUUUUACUCCACCUGACGGCAUUGGCAUGUAUAUGGAGCCUGUGCCGGGCUCAAUACGAGUAUCUAGGCUACCCUCAUGGUUAUCCCGAACCGAUUCAGGACCACUACGCGCCUCCAGAGAUUCCCAAAGACGUACCCAAGAUCCAGUUACGGUUGGCAGGCGAGAAGAGGAAGCACAACGAGGGACGCUUGGAGGUUUAUUACGAGGGACAGUGGGGGACGGUCUGUGACGACGACUUCAACAUCCACGCUGCUCAGGUGGUGUGCAGAGAGCUCGGGUACUCGGAGGCCGUGUCCUGGGCCCCUUCGGCCAAAUACGGAAAAGGAGAGGGUCGCAUCUGGUUCGAUAACGUCCACUGCACGGGGAAGGAGAACACGCUGGCUCAGUGCGAGUCCAACGGCAUCGGAGUGUCCGACUGCAAGCACUCGGAGGACGUCGGAGUCGUCUGUAGUGACAAGAGGAUUCCAGGAUUCAGGUUCCUCAACCCGGUCACCAACAACAUUGAUCACUUGACCAUCCAGGUGGAGGACGUGCGCAUCAAGCCGAUUCUGGCCUCCUACAGGAAGCGGAUCCCGGUGACCGAGGGCUACGUGGAGGUGAAGGACGGUGGCAGAUGGAUGCAGAUCUGCGAUAAAAACUGGAGUCCCAUGAACAGCCGGGUGAUCUGCGGCAUGUUCGGCUUCCCGGCCAUGAGGACGUACAACGCACGGGUGUACAGGAUGUUCGCUCGCAGGAGGCCACCCUCAUACUGGAACUUCUCAGUGAACUGCACAGGAACCGAGGCCCACCUAUCCAGCUGUAACCUGGGUCACUCAACGUCAGACGCUGCCAACAGCACAUGUGCCCAGGGGAUGCCCGUGGUGGUGAGCUGCCUCCCGGGUAGAGCCUUCGCACCGACCCCCCAAGCUGGAUACAGCAAGGUCUUCAAACAGGAGCAGCCCCUGGUGCGUCUGAGAGGCGGCGCCGUGGUCGGCGAGGGUCGGGUGGAGGUGCUGAAACAGGGCGAGUGGGGAACCAUCUGUGACGAUCAGUGGAACCUGCUCGCAGCCACCGUGGUGUGUCGAGAGCUCGGCUUCGGAACCGCCAAGGAGGCGCUGUCCGGCGGUCAGCUGGGUCAAGGAAUGGGGCCGGUCCACAUGAACGAGGUGCAGUGCACUGGGUUUGAGAAGUCCAUCACUGAAUGUAGCUUUAACAUGGACAAAGAUUCGGAAGGAUGCAGCCAUGAGGAGGACGCCGGGGUUCGCUGUAACGUUCCUGCCAUGGGCUUCCAGCAGCGGCUUCGUCUGAGGGGAGGCAGGAGCCCGUUCGAGGGACGAGUGGAGGUACUGAUGGAUCGUAACGGAUCGAUGGUGUGGGGUACGGUGUGUGGAGAGGGUUGGGGCACCAUGGAGGCCAUGGUGGUGUGCAGACAGCUCGGCCUCGGCUUCGCCAGCAGCGCCUUCCAGGAAACGUGGUACUGGCCCGGGGUGGUGAGUGCUGAUGGAGUAGUGAUGAGUGGAGUUCGCUGUGCUGGUACUGAAAUGUCCCUCUCUCACUGCCUUCACCACGGACAACACGUGACCUGCCCCAGAGGAGGAGCUCGCUACGCCGCCGGCGUCUCCUGCUCCGAGACUGCACCAGACCUGGUGCUGAACCCUCAGGUGGUGGAGCAGACCACGUACAUAGAGGACCGGCCCAUGUUCAUGCUGCAGUGUGCGUAUGAGGAGAACUGCCUGGCCUCCACGUCCAGCUCCACUCCGGCCAACUCGUACCGACGCCUGCUGCGCUUCUCCUCCCAGAUCCACAACAACGGCCAGUCCGACUUCAGACCCAAAGCCAACAGGGAGAACUGGGUGUGGCACGACUGCCACCGACAUUACCACAGCAUGGAGAUCUUCACCCAUUACGAUCUGCUCAGCUUGAACGGAUCGAAAGUCGCAGAAGGUCACAAAGCCAGUUUCUGUCUUGAGGACUCAGAGUGUGAUGAAGGCAUUGAGAAGAGGUACGAGUGCGCCAACUUUGGCGAGCAGGGCAUCACGGUGGGGUGCUGGGACACUUACAGACACGACAUCGAUUGCCAGUGGGUGGACAUCACUGACGUCAAGCCUGGAGAUUAUUUGUUUCAGAUUGUUAUCAACCCCAACUACGAGAUUGCCGAGUCUGAUCACACCAACAACAUCGUGAAAUGCAAGACUCGGUACGACGGCCAUCGCAUCUGGAUGUACAACUGCCAUAUAGGUGGAUCAGUGAGCGGUGAAUCCGAGGAGAUGUUUCCUGGACUUCUGAACAACCAGGUGAUCCACAGAUAAGAGAAGACGGAGUUUGGAUGAAACAGCGGAGAUGCUGAGAGCCUCGAACCACUACGUGUCCUUCCAGAAUGCUCUGUGCCAGACAUACCAUCGCCACCUCGUUGGACUGAGAUGCUCCAAACAUUUGAAGACUGCUAGGCAUGUGCCGAUACUCCAUUAUGAUGUUACAGUAAUGAACAUAAAUAUACAUGAGCAGCGUAGAACAGAAUCUCUAAUGUCGUACAGAAAUAUGUGCAGUAGAUGCCGUAGAUGAUUAUCGGCAAAAUGCCUAGCCAACGAAGGCCGCCCUGACCAGACUGGCUUCCAGAAACUAAAGCAUGGAUAAAAAGCCAUAAUGGCCCGGACGUCUUCAUAACAAACUCCAGUCUAUUCAAAGUGGAGCAAACUUCAUGGACCUUGUUUCAUCUGGAAUAUGUAGCUGUUUUUUUCCUCAGAAACCCAACGUAAAGACUUGUGUAGUUGUUUUACAAGAGCAGAGUAAACUGACUCCGGAAAAACCCAUUAAAGAGAAGCCACGUGGAGAUUCUGUUGCAACUACUUUAUACCUGAAUAUUUCAAUAUUUUUCAUUAUUUUAUGGUCUUAAUUGUUAUAAAUAACUCUUAAAACGUAUUUAAAAGCUUCCCCUGUCUGAAAAUAUGCACGCUAACAACAGUAUUAGCAUGGAUUAGUUAGUAUUGUUGUUUUUUCAUCGAAGGUCACGUCCAUAUCCUGGUUUAUUUAAGAUCAUAUCAAUGUUAGCUAGCAUUAGUUAUUUAUUUUAAGUCAGGGAUUAGUAUUAAAACUGUACUUUAUUCCUCAUAUUUGGUGCAGAAUGUGGUUUUGUUUUGUUUGUAUUCGGAUCUGUGGUGCUAACAAUAAUCUAUCCUCGGUUUUUAGAGGGUCAUGUGACUGAUUUUACGUUAUGCUUACUUGAAUGAAUUUGCAUUUGUAAUGUUGUUUAGCGAGCAAUAAAUGUAAGCAUUCAGAA